GGACGCGACCUUCACUUGGCACUAAAAUCGCCGGGCGACGGACUGGCACCUUCUCAGUCUCUGGCACGAUCCCAUCAUCCGACUUCACGACCCGUCUCCUUCCCUCCCGCACUGCUCCGACAUCGAUCCAGCCCCGUCCCGCGUCCCUUCGCCAUCCCCAGUGUCAAAAAGGCACCCAGAGCUGCACCCCACACCGCACCGUUGUCGGCUGUCGCAUCGCAGUCAGAGCCCAGUCCAGACAGCAGAGGACGGAUCCGAACGAGAUCGCAUCAAUCUAUCACACCUCUUGCUAUCUACCUACGCGGAACCGUCCCUCUGUCUACAUUGUCAUCCCCGAACAGUUCGCAGCCAUGGCGGAGGAUUCGUUCAUCGGUCUUCCGAUGCUGGUGACGAUGCGCAAUCCGCCGGCGAGAUUGAAGGGCACUGUCAGCGAAGUGCAGGCUGGGCACGGUUUGACCCUGACCAAUGUCUGGAAUGUCGACAACAACCGGUGGGAGCCGAGAGUCACCAUUCUUUCUUCGAACAUCGUCGACAUUGUCUAUUUGCGCGAAGAACCUUCUCCCCAAGCCGCCGUGCCAGCUCCGGCGCCCCCUUCUCACGUCGUCCCCCAUGCCAUUUCGCAGGUCGCCCCGCCUGUUGUUCAACCGCCCCCGCCGGCCAAGCCAGCAGCAUUUGUCGAUCCUGCCAUUCUGUCUGUUGGGAAGCGCCCUGGCUCUCUGUCAGGUCAUGCAUCGGACACCUCCCGUCACCAACCUAAUACGAGUGAGAAGAGAGACCCGACCCCGGCUGUCAUCCCGUCGAAUAAUGCCGUACCCAUCCUCUCCGGGACUGCCACCCCGACUCUCCCCGUGGUAGAUAGGCUGAGACGCCUGGAGCUCGACGCUCAAACCAGCACCCAAGAGUCUGCGGACGAAGACCUUGCCCCCGACGCCGGUUCGCAGCAAGGAUCCGCAGCUGCUCAGAAGAAGAAGAACAGACGGCCACGCAGGGCUGGAAACAACUCUAGAAAUGGGCUACAAGAAGACUCUGAAGCGUCUCCGCAGGUCCCUCGCGCAACUGCAAAGGGCAAAGGCUGGAGACAGACGCCUAUUUUGCAGAGUACCUCCUCCUUUCAGCCCUUCAAUUCUUUGAAGAAGAUGCGAGGAGCGAAUGACAACGGUUGGGCUUCGGAAGAUGUCACUGAUGUGCAAGAAGCAGGCGACUUCGACUUCGAAUCUGGCCUUGCCAAGUUCAAUAAGCAAGAUUUGUUUGAACAAAUGCGCAAAGACGAUCUAAUUGACGAGGCCGACCGCCUGGUAUCGCACAACCGUGUACCCAAGCACAAGCCGGGUACCGCCGGGGGUAAGAACCUGCACCAUUCGGAGAACGUCCUCGACAUGCCAUCUGCCACACUGAAGCCGAAACCGAUCGUCAAGGAGACCUCCAACGACUUUUGGAAUAGUGAAGCAGAUGAUGCGGUGAUCAACGGAGCCGAUCGACUGAGUGGGAGAGAUCAAGCGAGCAGGCAAGGGUCACGCCGCGGCGAGAGCAAAGCGGCAUCCAACCGGAGGUCGAAUUCCCGCAAGGCGAGCGGCGUCCCGGCUGCGCACCCUUUGAGUAGAGUGAAUUCAUCUGGUGUAAGCCACUACCGCACCCUAUCAGCUAAGGGCAGUCGGCCGAGUAGUCGGCUCUCAGCGAGGGCAGCUAUCGUUGACAAGAAGAAGCAACCGGCGACAACGGUUGCGGCAAGUCCGCAGGGUCUCUACGUGCUUCCGUCAAAUCGCAAGAUCGAGCCCGUCUCAGCUCUGCAAAUGCUCAAUCUCGAGAACAUUGCACACAACGAGAUUGGCCUAACAGAGGAGAUGAUGACUGAGAAUGCCGGGCGUGGUAUUGCAGAGGUGACACUCACAGCACUCUCGGACCCGGCUAUCAAGGUGCGCCAUUCGAGCAUCGUCGAUCCCACUUCCGGUAACCCGCCGCCUCCAACAGUUGUUGUCCUAGCCGGAAACAACAAAUCUGGCAUUCGCGCCGUUGCCGCCGCCCGGCAUCUUCGUAACAAGAACAUUAACGUGAUUGUGUGCGUGGUUGGCCUUGAGCGUGGUGAGCGCGAUCUCCUCGAAGACAUGCGCCAACAAGUUCGCCUCUACAAAAACAUGGGCGGACGCAUCUUCUCCAAGAGCGACUUUUUUGAGCACCUCCGCAAGAUUAGUAUUCCUAUGCUCACCAUCGACACACCUCGCUCCUCGCUAAGCAGCCUCGCUAACCCGGCUCCUAUCAUGCUCAUUAUCGACGCGUUGCUGGGCCUGGCGAUCUCUUUUGAGGAACUGAGAAACGGUGAUCAGGCGACGGUCUAUGAGCUGAUCGAGUGGGCUAACCGUAAUGAGGCGUUUGCUCUUGCAGUCGACAUUCCCACAGGCAUCGACCCAUCGACAGGCAAGGUUAGCGUUAUUGACGGCAACAAGUUGUAUGUUAAGCCGCGCUACGUUGUGGCCGUUGGCGCGCCCAAGCGUGGACUGCUCGAGGCGCUGAUGGCGGCGGAGAACGAUGACGGGGAUACGGUGCUGGCUGGCGGGGAUACCUCGUUGCCAGACGAUGCCGUGCUGGAGUGGAAACUCUACCUGGUGGAUCUGGGUCUUGGCCCUGCCAUGUGGAAAAAGGCGGGGACGAAGAUGCGUAGGGGCAUCGACUUUGAGGAUCGUUGGGUGGUGGAGAUGAAGUAUCGCGGACUAGUGGAGGAGGAAGAAGACGAGUUGGUUUAGGCAUCUCGCUCAUCCCCCAAUAGGAAGAGGUUGUCGGAUGGCCUACGCCGAGUCAUUGAGGUGGUGUCCAUCCGAAGAUAGAACGCUCAACGGUCAGGGAUUCUUUCGGUUUACAUAACGUCUGAGACGCGAUGGAAGAAAACGGAAAGGGAAAACAGUUGAGAUGGGGGAGAAAAGGGAAUAUGCAUGCAUUACUACAUCUUUCGGUUGGGUUUUUGGAAGCGAAAACAUGGGCGGUUUGUGCAUUUUACUCGGAAGCGGUUCAUUUCUUAGCGUUGGUGUUCUUAGUCGUUUGCUUCGGAAAACAUAUUUAGUGAACAUGGAGUUUUUCAAGAUCCAUUCAGAUCACACAUUGAGUUUGAUGUGUUGCACAACCAUGGUC